AUGCUUUCUCCCUUUCCUCCCCUUUCCUCAUUUUCUCCUGGUGCGGAAAACAAAGAUGCUAGUGAUACAGAGGAUGACAACGAGGAUGAAGAAGAUGAGAAGGUGGAUGACCCGGAGGAUGAUGAUGCCGGAGUUGAGGACUUCUCAGGCGACGAAGGGGCAGAUCAAGAAGGGGAUCCAGAGGAUGAUCCUGAAGCCAAUGGCGACCGAGGCAGCGAUGAGGACGAUGAUGAAGAAGAUGACGAUGAUGACGAUGGUGAUGAUGACGAUGAUGAAGAUGAGGAUGGAGAAGAAGAGGAAGAAGAGGAAGAAGAGGAGGAAGAGAUUCUACAGCCACCUGCUAAGAAGAGGAAGUGAGAAGAGGAGCCAGUCGUCCUUUGCCAUUGUGUUGUUUCCUCUUCGUUUUCGAAACCGAGGCCAUGAAGGCCGCUUUGAACCACCUUUGGCCGCCAGAAAUCCCACUUGGGGAAGUGAACAAACGGCUCAUCAGAGGGCUGAGUCGCUGUGAGAUGGCUAGGUUUAAAUUCAGAAAAGGGUGCAUUACUUUUUAUGUUUAUGCAGUCAGGCAAGUUUAAAACAUGGGUUUCUCAAGUGCUGAUGAUCUCAGAACAAUUUUGCAGUCUGUGGUGGCGCUUCAAUAUUCUUGGAUCACACUGCUAUGCUUGCCACGCCUAACCAGAGAACCAUUUGCUAUGCAAAUGCUCAUCCUGUGGCCAGGGCUCACUAGGAAAAUUUUCAUAUUUUUAACUUCUUUUUUCAUGAAUAUUAUUAUCUUCUAUUAGGGUUUUAAUUUGCUUAAUUGGGUUUUGUUAUUAUGAUGGGGGAAAAUUGGUUUAUUUGUUGAAGAUGUUAAAUUGUUAAUUUCUGUUGAAGCAAAUUGUGUAUUGUAGUAUGAAUAAAGAAUUCUGUAAU